AUGAUAGCAUAUUCACAAUUUGUAGAACCUUCACAAGGAAGAUAUGAUGAAUCUCUUUGUCCUCAAACUCUAAAUAACAACCUUAAUAGUUCCACGUUUUCAUGUGCGACCUCGCCUUUAAUUAAUGAUUGUGAAAAUGAAUCUUCUGGAAAUAAUUUUAAUAAUUCUAGAUCUUUAAUGAUUGUAACUACUGGAAGUGAUAGUGAAAAGGAAUUAUCUCGCUCCACAACUACUUCGACAACCACUUCAACAACUGCUUCAACAACUACUUCAGCUGGCAGUGAAAAUGAAUUACCGGUAAAGAAAAAAGAAUUUACAGAAGCUAAACGCGUAAAGAAUUUAUUAAACCUUUUCCCACCACCUUGCACGGCAGAACAAUUUUUUAAUAAAAAUCCUCCAAAAGAGGCUACUGGUGGUGAUGGUAGAGUAAAGCGGCCAUGUAAUAAAUUUAUUAUCUUUCGUAAAGUAGCUCAUGACCAAAAAAAGGAGACAAGCAAAUUAAUGAAUUAUAACGAAAGAACAUUUUCAAAGUAUAUUGGUAUCAUAUGGAAACAUUUAAUUACACCUGAAGAAAAAGGUUAUUAUGAAAAGUUAGCAGAUAAAGUUGCAGAGAUACAUAAAAUCGAAAAUCCAAACUAUAAAUAUAAACCGAAAAGAGAUAAAGCGACAUGGAAACAAUAUUCACCGGACAAUCAACGAAAGAAAAAGUCUCGAGUACAAACAACUUACUCUCUAACAGAUAAUUUCGGCACAAACAUACAACCAAUUCAAUCUGAGCAACAACUUUACUAUUUUGAAGUACCAGCGGAAUUUAACGAUCAAACCCAGUAUUUUGCCUCUAAUAAUAUAUCUAAUAAUAUACAGGACAACAACCAUAUGCAAUAUUAUGAAACUUAUAAUGAAAAUUACACUACUUAUUAUGGAUGA